AUGAGAAGAACAAUCAUCAGCUCAAUCUCGAGAAUUUCAUCAUCAACAAGGAAAUCAUCAUCACUAACCGGAUCAUCAUCUUUAAAUUAUCAUUAUAAUUUUACUAGAUUGGAUGCCAGAAAGGAGAUGUUCCCUGAGGAAGCAGCAAUUUUUGAAAAGAUCGUUCUUCAAAGAAAAGCCAUCAAAUCUUUCAAUUCCGAUAAACCAGUUCCAAUGGAUGUAUUAAAUCAUAUUCUUGCACUUACUCAACGUGCACCAACUGGAUAUAAUCUUCAACCUUGGACUGCUGUUGUUGUUUCGGAUCCAGAAAAGAAGAAGGCUCUUCAUGAAGCUGCAUUAUCUCAACCCAAGAUUUUGGAAGCACCAAUCACAGUUGUUUUUGCAGCAAAUCUUAAUGCAUUGGCCAAUCAAAGUAAAGUGAUCUCAAUGAAUGUACAAAAUGGAAUGAUGAGUGAGAAUGAAGCUGCCACCAUGUCUAGAAACACAACUGCAUUGCUCAAAUCUGAUCCAACCUGUAUUAUACAAGCUGCCAAAUUUGUUGUUGGUUCAGUGUGGAGUUUAUUUAAACCAAUGAUGGUUCCUCCAAUCAAUAUGAAGGCUUAUGUGUGGAAACAAACAAUGAUGCCAGUUCAAACGUUCAUGUUGGCUGCCAGUAGUCAUGGAUUAGAUACUUGUCCAAUGGAAGGAUUUGAUGAGAGAAGAGUUAGACAAGUUGUUGGACUCCCUUGUAAUUAUUCUAUUCCAAUUAUUGUCUCACUUGGUUAUGCAUCUGAUCAUGCCAUUAAUCAGAGACCUCAAUCUCUCAGAUUGAAUCCAGAAGAUCAAUUCUUUGACAAUACUUUUGGAAAUCAAAAGAAGGAUAUCAAAUCAUUCAAUGAAUCUAUUCUGAAUAAGAAGAAUUCUCAAUAA